CUCGGCUUCUACUCUCAUUCUCAUUUCUACGCUGGCCCUCACUCCCCAUUUCACUGUAGACACCCAACUCAUGUGAUCGUGUUUACGAUGCAGCGGCCGGUGUUACUCCCAACAGGCAGCAGCUCGUCCCUCUUCUUCCGUGCCCACUUCCCACGGUAUCGCCCGCCGCGUGACGUAUUGCGGAUUCUCCCCAUUCUUGGCCCCUCCCUUUGCACACGCCAGAUGAGAAAGAAGGCAGCAAUGUCAAUGGCAAUGUCAAUGGCGCGGGCUUGGAGAGGAGGAAGGCGCAUUGAUGCAGACAUACGGAAGGCGCUGCCGGCUGUUCUUGGCAUUCGCCAAUUAAGCGUGUUAGUCAUCAGGAAGUCGUCGUAAUGCUUUCCCAAAUUUUCCACCAGGGUGGAACCUCUCACCCCCCCAAGCGGGCCAAGGCUCUCCAGUCACUGGCUGCCGCUGGUCGCUGCUCCCUUCCUGGUGGUUUGGUGUGGUUUGGUUUGGUUUGGCUGGCCUCGCUUCUACCUCCGCUCCCGAGGAGCUCCUCCUUCUCCCUCCCUCCCCUCCCUCUCCCCCAAAAAGGGAUCCAAGACCAAUUUCUCCUCCCAAGACCCGACCAGGACCCAAGACUUUUCCUCUCCCCCCCCUCCCCUCCUCCAUCUCUUCCAAGACCAAGACCAACCAGCAAUACCCGCCGCGCGUCUGUCCCUCUCAAAUCAUCCAUCUCAUAUUGGUCUUGUUCGCUCCCACCAUCCAAUAUUCAAGAUCCAAGAUUCAUUCAGCUUACUCGACCUGCCGGACGUAUUUCAAUGUUUAUUCCGGAUCUGGGAGCCCGAUAUUGAAUUACCAAACCGCUCAUCGGUCCAAAUUUCAGUUGCGCGCGCAUCUUCUCUCUUGGUCCUUCUUUCCGCUUACUCGACGUAUUUUCUCCGUGAGCCAAAAUGGGCGCCGCCGAGCAGCAGCAGCAGCAACCACCCAGAGUCCUCAUCCUCGAUGGAGGCCUCGGCACCUCGCUCGAGGACAAGUACAACAUCAAGUUCGAGUCCGCCACCACGCCUUUAUGGUCUACUCAUCUUCUCGUCGACGGCCAGGAUACCCUACUGGCUUGUCAAAAGGACUUUGGCGAUGUGCCCGUCGACAUUAUUCUCACUGCCACAUAUCAGCUCUCCAUCCACGGCUUCGCCAGUACUCGCACUGCCAAGUAUCCUCAAGGUAUCGACCGGGCCACCAUUGGCAACUUUAUCCAGGACGCCAUCCGCAUUGCCCACGAAGCUGGCCGCACCCAAGCCAGCAAGACGGCCCUCAGCGUCGGUCCCUAUGGUGCCUGCAUGAUCCCCGGACAGGAGUACAGCGGUGCCUAUGAUGCCGAGCACGACUCGCUCGACAAGCUGCGCGAAUGGCAUCUUGAGCGUCUGCAGUUGUUUAAGGACGCUGGCGCUUUCGCGUCACCCGUCAAUUAUGUCGCCGUCGAGACUAUCCCUCGCGCCGACGAGAUCAAGGCUGUGAGACAGGCCCUCGACGAGAGCGGUGUUCUUGCCACCCAAGCAUCCAUUCCCUUUUGGAUCGCUUCCCUCUUCCCUCGCGAGGACGAGUGCCUGCCUGACGGAUCUUCCAUCAAGGAGGCUGUGACCGCCAUGCUCAGCCCCGAUGUCGCAACAAGCCGCCCCUGGGGUAUCGGAAUUAACUGCACCAAGGUUUGGAAGCUCGAGUCUCUGGUCAAGGGCUACGAGGCGGCCGUCCAGGGUCUUAUCGAAGACGGCGCCAUCGCCGAGGCCCCGGCCCUGGUCCUCUACCCGGACGGCACCAACGGGGAGGUCUAUAAUACGACGACUCAGAAAUGGGAGCUUCCCGAAGGAUCGAGUCACCCUGCCACAUCGUGGGAAACGCAACUCUCCCAGGUGGUUGCUAAUGCCCAGUCUCGGGGAUUGUGGAAACAGAUUGUGGUGGGAGGGUGCUGCAAAGCAAGCCAUUCUGAUAUUUCCCGGCUCCGGACCGCGGUGAAUGGCCUAUCUCGCUGAA